AUGUCGCUCAUGACGGAUAUCGAUAUCGAGAAGCCCAGCACGGUGACCGUCGAGCAUGGAGAUGGCCCUCCUCACGGCUCCGUUGUUGACAAGAAGCACGACAAGGCACCCGGGCCGGUGUACUCGGAGGAAAUGGAGAAGCGCGUCCUCCGCAAGAUGGACAUUCGGCUGAUCCCAAUGCUGGCGACUCUCUAUCUCCUCGCCUUCCUGGAUCGUGGAAAUAUUGGGAAUGCGAAGAUCGAGGGGAUGUUGGAUGACUUGGGCAUGAGUGGCCCUGAGUAUAGUUGGUGCCUGACUGUCUUCUUCUUCACCUACGUCGCAUUUGAAUUGCCGAGUAAUUUGAUACUGAAGAGGCUCAGGCCCUCGCGAUUGCUGCCUCUGCUGAUGUUCGCAUGGGGAAUUGUCAUGACGUUGAUGGGGAUUGUCAAGAAUUACCAUGGGCUCUUGAUCGCGCGUCUCUUCCUUGGGGUUGCCGAGGCUGGCCUCUAUCCAGGUAUCGCAUACUAUAUCACUCUCUGGUACCCCCGUCAUCGCGCCCAAUAUCGUCAGGCACUCUUCUUCAGCGCGGCCAGCAUUGCUGGAGCUUUCUCUGGACUCCUUGCCUACGGAAUUGCUAAAAUGGAUGGUGUUGGUGGUUAUGCAGGGUGGCGCUGGAUUUUCAUCCUCGAAGGUAUCCUUACAGUCCUGGUUGCGGCAGUCGCUCCUUUUGCCAUGCACGAUUUCCCUGAGACAGCAAAGUUCCUCACUGAAGAGGAGCGCCACUACGUAAUUCACGUUCUGCGGGCUCAGUCUACUGGUGAGAAUACGCUACCGGAAGGUGUUCUGAAAGAGGAAGAGCAGUUUCGUUUCAGCUAUGUGAUUGACGCCUUGACCGACUGGCAGAUCUAUGUUGGACUUUUCAUGUACUGGGGAAUCACUUGUCCCUUAUACGGGAUCUCCUUUUUCCUGCCUUCAAUCAUCAAGGAUCUUGGAUACACCUCGUCAACCGCUCAGCUCCUCACAGUUCCCAUUUACAUUACCGCCGCUGGGGUUGCUGUUGGCGCUGCCUGGUUUUCUGAUCGCCGCAAGCAGCGUUCUCCCUUCAUCUUGUUUUUCAUGUCUCUGAUCGCCAUUGGUUUCAUCAUCGUCAUUUCUUCUACUGGUCGUGGAGUUCCCGGGAUCGUCUAUCUUGGUGUCUUCGUUGCUGUGGUUGGGAUCUACCCUGCUUUUCCAGGUAACGUCACCUGGAUUAGUGUCAAUCUCGCCGGCGACUAUAAGCGUGCGGCCGGAAUGGCCCUGCACAUUGGUCUGGGCAAUUUCGCCGGGGCAAUGUCAUCCAACUUUUACCGCUCAAAGGAUGCACCCAACUACAUCCUGGGCCAUGCCUUGGAGCUGGGCUUCUGUAUGAUGGGCAUCAUCGCUGUCGUUAUUCUGCGCCUGAACUAUCAGCGCAUCAACCGCAAGCGCGAGAGGCUUGAUUUGUCUCAAUAUGAUGUCUAUCAGAUGGUACGCAGAGGUGAUCGUUCACCUAUGUUCGAAUACAUGUUGUAG